AUGACGUCGACUGCGUCAACUACGGGCGGUCCCAGUACCGUGGACUCGGGUCGGGCAUCGGACGCCCCUUCUAGCGCCGAGCCAGUACAACCACCGACGCCUUUGACUACGGAACCGGCGGCAACAACCCCCCCGCGAACUAUAGCACCGACGAGUAUCCAAUAUCUACUUAAUCCGGCCGAGGAUGGGACGGUAGCACCGCUCCAGGUCGAUACCGAUAUUGCCAACCCUGGUGAAGAUAACGACUCCGCCUAUGGUUCCGACAGUGGCACCGCCUACACGAGCUCGAUAUCCUCAUCCAUUUUCCACUACCAGUACGAAAAUGGCCGUCGGUAUCACGCCUAUCGCGAGGGACAGUACGUUCUCCCCAACGACGACCAAGAGCAAGAGCGCCUCGAUCUGCAGCACCACAUCUGGCGUCUGCUCCUCGGAGGCCAGCUCUAUACCGCGCCUCUGCCGCCGCCGGAGGGCGAAGAAGCCGCUGACAUGCGCAUCCUGGACCUCGGCACAGGGACUGGGAUCUGGGCUAUUGAUAUGGCUGACGAGUUUCCCACCGCGCAUGUCUACGGCGUGGAUCUCUCGCCUAUUCAGCCGGAAUGGGUCCCGACGAACUGCAAGUUCCAUGUCGAUGACUACGAGGACGAGUGGACGUACCGCGAGGAGGAGCGCUUCGACUACAUCCAUGGCCGCGCGCUCAGUGGGACGUCGUCCGAUUGGGCAAGGUUCUACGACCGCGUCAUGGGCGGGCUGAAACCGGGCGGUUGGGUCGAGAUGCAGGAGUACGAUGCGUGGAUUUUUAGCGACGACGAUAGCUUCGAGAGGGCGAUCUGGACGAAGGAAUGGGUCACGAAGCUGGAUGAGGCGAGUAAGAUGUAUGGGAAGCAGAUCAACGUGGCGAGGCAUCACAGGCAGUGGAUGGUAGAUGCUGGUUUUCAGGAUGUGCAGGAGCUUGUGUACAGGAUACCGAUCGGCCCUUGGGCUAAGGAACCAGCCCUCAAGGAACUUGGUCGCUGUGAACUGGUCCACAUGCAGAUGUCCGUAGACUCACACACGCCAGCCCUCUUCACUCGGGUGUUGAACUUUAGUCAGGACCAGGCCAAAGUGCUGAUGGAAGGCGUCAAACGAGAGUUCCGGAGCAAAGACUAUAGGCUUAUUACAAGUUACCGGUUCAUCACAGGGAGGAAACCGAUGGCAGGAUAG